AGAGACAGGCCUCAGUAAAGUUGACGUUCUCGAGGCCGAAGGGUUCAUCCACCGAGCUGGAGUUUGAGGGCGCGCUGGAGGAGCUGAGGAAGGACAAGAGGAUGCAUCAGAAAACAGUAGUUCUUUAUCUCAGGUCUGCACUCGUCUGUUGAUAUAUUCCAGGAUGAUAAUGAUACUCUCUUGUAAAAUAACUGUCGCCAUCUCUCCCAGACAUCCCUUCCAGGCUUUCAUUCAAACUCUCCUUGUCAGAGAAACCUACACUGCUGACCACCUCAAAGGCCUCUACAUCCUGGAAUCCAAGAUCAGCCUUCCUGGCGACAAAGAGCUCGUCCAUACCUUCACUGUGGGCCACCGCAGACCGAGCCCUUUUGUAAGGCUGAUUAAUAGACUCCGUGUGUGUUGUAUAAAGCUGCUUGCUCAUAUAUCUAAUCAUAUUCACGUUUCCCCUCUGUGUCAGGUGUGCUCUGCACUGCUCCAUCCUUUCAGUGAUGACAUCAUUCCAUCCAACUCAGAAGCUUGUGUGACCAUAACUAGCAACCAGACCCAGAAGAAUGUACAUGGCAGAUUACGAGUCGGCAGCAAAGACAGACUUUCUUUUUAUGGACAUGUUCAUUUAGGUCGCCAAAUUAUGAACAUCAAAGCCAACUUUUCACAUCAACUGCAGCUGCACCUCCCCACCUCUGCCGCACUGGAGAAUGAAGUGUGUUGGGGCCCAGAGAACAACACAGACUUUGAUUAUCAGGCCAGAGGGAGGCUAGCUAUAGAGCGUCAGCAGUGUAAACUCUCUGUUCAGCUCAAUGGGACAUCAGACAGACUGGGGCUGUAUUCUUCUCUGAGCCAUCCUUUUAAAUCAAAGAUUCCCAAAACUGUAGAGGUAAAGGCCACUGCUGACAAAGGGAGUGGAUGUGGCUCAGUGCAUGUAAAGGCAGAUGGGAAAAACAAAGUGAAGCUGGACGCAAAGGUGAACCACUCUUUUAAAAAAGGCGAUCACAAAGCUGUAGAGUUGAGGAUGAACUUAUCCCAAAGUUUGUUGCCAGCAACCACUGACCUGCAUAUAAACAUGGCUGCCAACAUGUCUUCAGACAGCAUGUUUUUACAUGGAUCAUAUACUCAGGGGGGUGAGCUUCUCCUGCUCCAAAUUAAAGGAACGUCAAGUAUCGGUCGAGGUGAAAAGCUCUCCGUGUCAGGAGACUUGAGGAACUCCAUGUCUAGUCUCUCCAUUUUCCCGUCUUCCUCAAAGUUAGAAGGGGCACUUGAACAGUCUGACACGCUCAUCGAAGGAAAGCUGAAAGUUAGUGUGAGGGACAAUCUGUACAGUAUAGAGCUGGGACAUCAGGAAGAUCCUGCACUGGAUUCAGACAGGGAUGUCGAAGAAGACGUGUUUGGAGGGAAGUCAUGUAGGGCCCAUGUUUGGCUCUACGUUCAUUCACAAAAGGAACAUCUGUUUGUAAAUGUGAGUCGUCGACUGGGGAACCCAGGAAGGGGUGAGCUCUACAGCCAUCUCUCUCGCUCUUUCCGCCACCUUAACCUCACAGGCCUCCCUGCAAACAUUACCGGCCUGGCCAAGUGGAUUCAGGAUAGUCAUCAGCUAUCACUUCAGGCAGAAGUGCAGGCUGGACCUGAGUAUCUAAAAGCUAAACUAAAUGGAAGCAAGACGGAUCGUGUUUUUCCACAGUGGGAAUACUCAUGUUUGCUGCAGCAUCAGGUCGAAGCCCUGCAGAGGAGAGGGCUUUUAAGAUCCAUACAGGCUAAAGCACACUACCAGCUGGAAAGAGAGGGGCUAGAUACUGGUUUGGUGGUGCAUGUGGAUGAUAAGAAAAUGGCCAAUAUUACUUUUAAUAUUGGAUCUAGAAACAUCACUGCAGUGAUGUCGGUGUCUUUGUGGCAGCAGAUCAAACUUCUCCAAGGCCUUAUGCCCUCAUCUUUACAGAUGAACUGCACGGGUGAUACCACUGCAGAGCGACUCUCAGCCCAGUGCUUUGGACAUGUGGAAGGUCAACCCGUGGAGAGUGCCCUACCAGAACAGACCUUACUGAAUGUGUCCAUCAUUCACUCGGGCUGCACCACCAGUCUCAGGACCCAUCUGCUGAUUGACAAGGAACAAAGAGGAAGUGUUAUCCUGGACCUUUCCUGUCCUGCUGGUCUUAGUCUAAACGCAGCGGUCCAACACUCAAUCUUGGCCCUGCAGAAGCUGCGAAUUCCCACCGAUGCGUCACUAACUUUAAAUACAUCAACUACACAUUUGCCAAGCUUGGAUUUGAACCUUGACCUGGGCCGAUGUUCUUUUAGGAGUAAAUUGGCAGAGACCAGAGAACGUGAAGGUGAUGAGUCCUACACUGUCAAUGUGACAAACUACUGUCCUUCUCUACAGGGCACAGUUCUCCCAGUCUCAGUGGCUCUUCAUGCUCUCCUCUCAGUGUCACCUGGUGAGCUAAAGGUGUCCUCCGCUCUGAGUGUAGACCAAAAUGACCUCACCCUGCACUUAACACUGUCCUGCAGGGCCCAGCAUCUCUAUGGUAUCUUCACACACACUUUCACUGAGCUGAGAACUCAAGGUCUACCUCAGAGUAUUAUGAUAGAAGCUACUCAACCUAAGGGACCUGAGCAGGGUGGUUCACUGCUCAUCAAGGCUGGGACAUGUCAACUUAGAGCCAAGAGAAUCACAGGAGACGGAACUAAGACAGAGAGGCUGUGGACUCUGGAAUCAAAGUGUCCGAUGUUUGAGGGCCAUUUAAAUGGGUCACUGUGGCUUAGCCCACAGGACACUUGGACCGUCAUGAUUGACAUGGAGCAGGAGAGUAGAAGGGGUUUCCUUAGGCUGAACGUGAAGCCAUGUUUAAGUGAUCUGCAUGUGGCGGCCGAACUCAGUCACAACCUGCAUGUUCUUAAAGGUUUACCAGAGCACAGCAGACUGAGAGUCACUGGCAGAGCUGUCGACCAACAAUACAACACGGAAGGUGCCAUUCACCUCGAUGGGUGUGUUUUAAGUGCCAGUGGAGCUGUGGUGUCAGAGUUUGGCCUGCAGGGGUCAGUAGUGUAUCACAACAACUGCACACAUGUUCAGGCACGGUUUAGUCCAAAAAGGAUUCAGGCUUCUGGACAGUUAGUCUCCUCACUAACUCAUGCUAAUUCUCAGAUGACUGUGGCGAUAGAUGAUUCAGAGUUUCAGACUUCAGUGGCUCUUAAUAAAACAAAGGACAACUACACUGCAUCUCUUUAUCUAAACCACACACUUCCUACAUUGAAGAACCUGGGGAUCCCUGCAAAUACAGCCGUGGCAAUGAAUUCUGGGAGUCACGGCAAUGGCACGUUCUUUUAUGUUUGGAGUGGUAACGCAGGAAAUCAAAGGAUUGAUCAAGAGAUCAUAUUGUCCAAGAUGUCUCAGUCUUUCAGGAUGCAGAGUGCACUCAGACACACGGUGAACUACCUGAAAAAACUAGGAAUCUCUGGAAACAACAGUGUUCAGGUAGAGCUUGGUAAUUCUGAGGAAAAGACGGUCAGCAUACAGUCUCAGUUUGGAGGAGAGCAGGCAGGAAUCAAACUGAAGAUGAAGAGUAGUGCCAUGACAAGAGAAAUCCACGGAAACCUGCGGCACAACUCAUCGUGGCUGCAGGGCAGAGGCGUACCACUCGUCGUGGAGGGUCUCACGUCCCACCAGGGAACCUUUUCACACUUUCAGUCCAGGGCUCAGCUUGGCGUAGAUGGCCACCAGCUGCUCACCACUGGCUUUAAUGUCAGUGCAGGUGAUGGACGUCUGGCCCUGCAGCUGUCCUACUCUCCACUGUCUUCUAAUUACACGAGGCAACAGUUCAGUCUGGGGACUGCCCUGGUUGCUCAGCUGAAAGGUCCCGUACGCAGCGCCUCAGUAGAUGUUCACUGCACAGACUGGAGACUACGAGUGAUUGGGGAUGUGGGAGGCUGGAGGGCACAGGGGUCAAAGGAAGCCAGAGUUACACUGAGGCAUACUGUACAAGGGCAGAGCAAACCUGCUCUACAGCUGGAAGCCUGGGGAAGACUUACUGAGGCUCAGCUAAGAUGUUCCAUGGCUUUGAACCCUGAACUCAGCUCAUCACUAGCACUCAUCAUUCAGGGGCACCACAGGCCUUAUAGCAAAGACCUGUUGGUGAAGGUUGUCCAAAAUAUCCCCAAGCUGAUAGAGUACGUGCCAUCUCAGCUUAAUUUUCGCUCUCAGCUGAACCAGUCUCAAUCCAGUGUGUCAGGUUUGUUGGAGUUGCUGUCAGGUAGGAGAAUGUUGUGGAGCCUGGGAGAACUGGCAGUCAUUGAUAGUGGAUACAGACAGUCUCUGGAGCUCAAACACUCAUAUUCACAGUUGAAGCUGAUCCCAAGGACCGUCCUUGUGAAGACAGUGUAUGAAGCCUCGAACUGGAGAUACCAAGUUCAACAUGAAGCCGUGUUAGGCAACCAGGAGUUUAGUUUGUUUGGACUCUACUCUGCUCCUCCAGCUCUGGAGAUGGGUAACCAGACACUCAAAGUUCAAAUUAAAUGCGUUCCUCGCUGGACACAUCUGGAAGCAACAAUGGAGCGUUCCCUUCAGGGUGGACUGGACGGCUUAUCACUGGGAUGGAUGAGACUGGGGAAAAAGGAACAGGUCAGAGCGUUGAGCUCAUGGAGUCGAUCAGAGGGGAUUAAUGAGACCAAGCUGGAGCUGGAGCAGCCGUUCACCGUCGCACUUCGCCAGCUGUCUCUGCGCACACUGUCCCACAGCUUACAGAGUAAACAGAACAGCCAACACCAGACACGUGUAUCAUUAGACGCUGGGAGUGUUCUUGUCAAUGUGUCCCUGGACACGCAGCAGCAGACCAAUUCUAACACGGUGCAGGCCUGUGUUCUAUUCUCGUCUCAACAGACGGCAGCGUCUUCUGGUAAAGGUUGUGUGUCUGUGGGUCAGGAGGGGAGCUCAUACUCACAAAAUGCAGAGCUCAGAUGGGACGACAGGAGUAUCACGCAAGGCCUGAAAUACCAGAGAAAUCCUCCGGAGACGCACGAUCUCCAGGUGAAUAUUGUCUUGGACAAAGUGUCCUCUGCCCCCUGUUCUUCACACUCACUGCUGGCUAAGGUCCAAACUAACCUCAGGAAUGGUGUGGAGCACAGUGUGUUGCUCGGCCUCUGCCCCCCACAACCUUCCUUCUUAUGGUCAGGGUCCCACAGAGUAAACUCAGGAGAGGAGCUGUUCUACACACAGUCUUACUUGUCGGUGGUUGGACGCCCGCACCAGUGCAGCCUCACCCUCGCCCUACUGAAUUCCUCCUCCUCCUCCUCCUUGUUUUUUCAAGGCACCAAUAUAUCUCUUUACUCUGAGUCCAGAAUAGGCAACUGGAGUGUGGAUGUCGGGGGCAGUGCACUUUUCUGGCCCCAAGGAGCGGGUCUGCAGGUGCAGGCCAACUUAGACCGUUCAGAAAAGAUCUGGCUGAACGGGACACUAGAAGGAGGAUGUUUAAAGACUGCGGCCGGUUAUAUGCAUCCUCCAGGCCAUUGUGAAGACCUCAGUGUGAUGGCCUGCAUGGGAACAAACCAUACUUUGGUGCUAGAUGUACAGACGAGCGAGAACUGCAGUAAAUCAAAGAGUUUGGGCCAAGUGUCUGCAGUAACCUCUGAUAAGAAGCUGAUCCUGACAGUGAGUGGCUGUUUGGAGAGCCUCACAGCAGCCGAGGCCAGGAUUCACAGCCUAAGCAAUAGGAUAUGGAGGAAAAUGUCAGAAAGAGUUGGAACAUUGCAGCAUCUUCUCACUGAACUCAGACGAAGGUCUAGAGACAGCGAGGUCCUCCAGGAGCUGAGUGCUGCAUCUCUUCAGGUUGUCCAGCGAGCGGAGACUUUCCUCGCCGCUGGAGACUCAGGUUUGUUGGUUCUGUGGCAGAACAGCCAGCUUCGUCAGCUGCUGACCAACAGCCUGCCCCAACUUCUGCUUUUACUUCAGCACGCGUCAUUGGUGGGACAGCAAGAGCUAAGAAGACCUCUUGCAACGUUGGCGGGGGUGUACCAGGAUGUGAACGGACAGCAGCUGGAGACUCUGUGGAGACAGGCUGUCCUUCUGUGGACUGACAGGGUUGUAGAGGUCUUGCGUGACCUGCUGGGUAAUACUCAGCUGGUUCAGACCGGCAUCCCUGCCUUUAGUGCUGCACUGGACCUGGCGGGACAGCAAACCUACCAGUGGAUGGAGACCAGGUUGGCCACGGCUUUGUCUGGAGUCAGGAAACAACUGGCCUCGUUCUACAAAUUCAACCCCAGCGACUGCUCAGUGACCGUGUCCGUGCCGCUGCCUUUACUCCUCCAAUCAAAGUGGGCCCAGGCUGGACUGGUGGAGGUGCUCCUGGAGGAAUGGGUUCUGACGCCCCUGCAGACCCUGGCCUCCAUCAAACCUGCUGCUGAGUUAUACCGCUUCAAGAGGAAGAUCAUAGACAGCCCGUUUCAAUACCAAGCUCUGCUGGUGUCAGAUCAGUUUGUAGUAACCUUUGACGGCCACCUGUACGAGUUGCCUUCUUCAUGCCCGUUGGUCCUGGCCCAGGACGCCAGCGCUGAACCAUCCUUCACGGUGCUGCUCAGUUCAGGUUCCCCAGAACUCCUGCUGGUAGAAAUGAAUAACAGCACCUUUAACAUUCUACAGAAUGGACAGGUGAGGGACCAGUGCAACAGAUCCGUAGCGCACACGUUCUACUCUGAAAGUGGAGUGUCUGUCAAAAUAGCGCCACACACUGUGCAAGUGUCAAAUCCCAAUGGAGUGUCAGUGUCAUGUGAUCAUUUGCAGCAGUUGUGCAGCUUUACUCUGGAUGGGUGGCUACAUGGAACAUCCACAGGUGUGUUUGGAAGCAAUGACAAUGAGGCAGGAAAUGAUUUUCCAUUACCUAAUGGAUCCCAAGCUGAAAAUGUUGAGAAUUUCUUUAACAGCUGGCAGAUAAAACGCAAAUGCUUUAAAACGCCCGCUGCAACUGUGACCAGUCCUGUGAGCUGCGAAUCUCUGUUCUCCUCUCCAGAGUCUCCGCUCAGUUCCUGCUUCAGAGUGGUGGAUCCUGCUCAGUUCUUAACAGUCUGUGAGUCCAGCUCUUCUCAGGCCCCAUGUCUCCUGGCAUCAGCGUUCGUUCAUCUCUGCAUGCAGAAUUACAUCCCGCUGGACGCCCCCCCUCAGUGCUUGAAGGUAUAAAGUAUGGACACGCUUCUAAAAACCAAAUGAGGGGUUUAGCUGCUAAAACACCAUGAUACCACUGGGUGUUCUACGUGGAGUUUCAGAGGUUUCUUUUUAUGUAGUCUCUUAAUAAUUAUAUGGCCUAUAAAUACAUCUGCACUCACUAACCGUAGCAAAUAGUCGGAGGGAAUACUGACCCCGUUUUACCAGCAAAUAAUGUCAUGAAAUGUUACAUACAGUUUGAUAUUCUGCAUUUUUUAUAACAAAUAUACCUGUAAACAUUGUACUUUUUCGCCACACGUAUUCCUUAUUUGUCUUCACGGUUAAU